CAACACUGGUCAGGUCAUAUUAUAUUUUUCAAUCCGCCCAGUUGGACAUUGUCAUAGUUUUCUUUCUCGCGCCGGUCGAUAGUGUCAGCCCACUGACGCCGACCUGUAGCUCGUCAUCCGUAACAAACCAAAGAUCCGAAAUGGGCCAAAAAGUUUCGCGCAGCGACUUCGAGUGGGUUUACACGGAGGAGCCGCACGCCUCGCGGCGUAAACUUAUUUUGGAGAAGUACCCGCAGAUUAAGAAGCUCUUCGGUCACGACCCCAACUUCAAGUGGGUGGCCGGAGCGAUGGUCCUCACCCAGAUCCUGGCGCUGUUCGUUGUGAAGGACUUGUCGUGGUCGUGGCUCCUCGUGGCUGCCUACUGCUUCGGGGGCAUUAUCAACCACUCGCUGAUGCUGGCCGUGCACGAGAUCUCGCACAACCUGGCCUUCGGGCACAGCAGGCCCCUGCACAACCGGAUCCUGGGCUUCAUCUGCAACCUGCCCAUCGGCCUACCAAUGAGUAUUUCGUUCAAAAAAUACCACCUGGAGCACCACCGUUACCAAGGGGAUGAGGCAAUUGACACUGACAUACCCACCCUACUGGAGGCGCGCCUUUUUGAUACCACAUUCGGAAAGUUUUUGUGGGUGUGCCUGCAACCGUUUUUCUACAUUUUCCGUCCAUUGGUGAUUAACCCGAAGCCACCCACGCGCUUGGAGAUUAUUAACACUGUGGUGCAACUGACUUUCAAUGCGCUGAUCGUAUACUUCUUGGGCUGGAAGCCCCUUGCCUAUUUGCUGAUCGGUAGCAUUCUAGCCAUGGGCUUGCACCCGGUUGCCGGACACUUUAUCUCGGAGCACUACAUGUUUGCCAAAGGCUUUGAGACCUACUCUUACUAUGGCCCGCUCAACUGGAUCACCUUCAACGUGGGUUACCACAACGAGCAUCACGACUUCCCGGCUGUGCCCGGCUCCCGUUUGCCCGAGGUGAAGCGCAUCGCCAAGGAAUUCUACGACACGAUGCCCCAACACACUAGCUGGACCCGGGUUCUCUACGACUUCAUCAUGGACCCAGCGGUGGGACCGUAUGCCCGCGUGAAACGUCGCCAGCGCGGCCUGGCGUCCUAAGUAAUCGAUGCAAUUCAAGAGACAUUUACAGCGGAUAGAGAAGAACCGAAGGGAGCAACCAAAUACACAGAACCUUCUAAUCUUUAAUGAUUAGAUAAAAGGCACUUAAACACUCGCAGCGGCUGAAUUGAACAAUUACGUGUAUAUACUUUUGGUAUUAAUGCUAGACUGUGGGCUUUGUUUGAUUCGUUGGCCGUACUAAGGAACACUUUCGAGCGCUUUAUUUAAUUGUUACCUCAUAAGUUGGAAAGCCUGUUAAAUCUAGUGUGUAAUACUUGUCCUAUUAUACUACUGUCUUAGUAUUUUCGAUAAAUAUUUAUAUUGCUAUCAAAUCAUAAAUGUAAAGCCACUAACCCGUGUAUUUUGUCCCAUUUAGCCACCCCGAACGGCAGUAAACCUCUAAUCAACAACCAAGCAACUAAUAUUUUUGAUAGCCUCUAAAACUGUUACCUAAGAAUAUUGUCAAUGACAAGUGAUUGGCCAGGGGUGGCUGCAUCAUAUACAGACUACAUUUGAAACUUGUGAGCAAAAUAAUAAAUUAAUGGUAAUAUCCUAUUGUAAUAAA